CAAACUUGUGCCGCCCGCGUUACUCAAUAGGUCGUGAAAAAUAAAGUUCCGAAGAGUUUCGUGAAAACCAGGUGAAAACGGCGUAAAACAAUGCGUCUCACGUCGGUCGUGCUCCGGCAGCACAUCGGGUUCCACUUCAAGCGCCACUGGAUCGUUCAGGGCAAGCGCGUUCCGUCGGAGACCGGCGCCACGGCGGAGUUGGCCGCGCGCGGAAUUCCGGUUGUCGAUCCGAACGCGCUGAUCCGCGAACGUCGCGAGCUGGGACCGCGCGUUGAGGUCGUGGGGCAACUUCCGCCGGAAGUCAAGUUUGACGAGACGCAUCCGCUGUACAAGCGGGAACCGUGUUACGUUUAUGGAGAUCGGAAUGUUUUGCUGGAGGGCGUCCGGCAGGCCCAGGUUCUGGUCAACACCGUUGUGUAUGACGAGUUGCCGCUGAAGGUGGAGGAGCGGUUGGAGAAGACCAAGAUUCCGACCGCGCUGGACCGGUCCAUGCAGCAGUCGGUGCUGGCCGCGCUCGUGUUCGAUGCGGAGCAGGUCAAGACGGCCGUGGUCAAGGAUCCGGAGCGACCGGCGUACAAGCUGCCGCGGAAUUAUGGCAUUUCGGAUGAGAGGAGGAAUCGCCUACUGCUCUCCAAGCUCCUGAUUCACUGCGAACGCUUCACCGGCCCAUCGGUCGCGUCCUGCCGGAAGAUCCUCUCGAACGUACGCUUCGUCGUCCCGCUCGCCAAAGACCUGGACCGCGUCCAGCUCUCCCUGAAGGCAGACACCUUCAUUACAUCCGCCGCGGCCAUCACCCCGUACGACAGUGCCGUGUACCGGCCCCAGGAUCAGCCCCUUCCGGAUUUGUUCCCCCUGCGCGAAACGGUCACCAUUCCAACCUCAAACCAUUACGAGUGGCAAACCCAGUACCCAAUUCGGCGCGCCGAUUACCGCUUUGCCCACCCGCAUACGAUCCUCGUGCACUGCUCCCCGGCGGAUGUCGCGAACCAGUUCGAAACGCCCGUCACGGACGACCAACGCGAGGGACGACUCAUGCUCAAAGCCUUUGCCGUGGCCGCCUCACGAGCAAGACAAUUUUACGGGGACUCGGUGAAACUCCUCCCGCGGCCUAUCACCGUCCAGGCCGUCCAAACCGACAGUAAGUGGUUCCACUUUGGAAUUUACCAGCUGAACACACUGGACCUGGAGGCCGGCAGCGACGGGCAGAACCAGCCCGCCCGUAAUCUGUGGUUCCGGAAGCCACGGAUGGAUCUGUACGGCGAGUGCGGCUACCUGGUGGGGAAACCGGCGCUGCACGAGUACAACCGGGACGUGUUGCGGCAUUUGGCGGUGUUUUACGGCAGUAGUUGAGCCGACGAGGUAGAGUGCUAGUGUGUGAAUAAAUGGAGGAGGAAGGUAACCUUGCUGAAA